AUGGAUUACAGGAAUCACACUGUGGUUAUGGAGUUUUUUUUCGUGGGUUUAACAAAUAUCUUUCAGCACCAGAUUGUUCUCUUUGUGAUAUUUCUCUUGGUUUACCUUGUUACCCUUCUGGGCAACGUGGGGAUGAUCACCCUCAUUUGGAUGGAUUCUCGACUCCAUACACCCAUGUACUUUUUCCUCAGCCACUUGUCUUUUGUGGAUGUCUGUUCCUCUUCUGUCAUUGGGCCCAAGAUGUUGACUGACAUCUUUGUGGUGAAAAAGGUAAUCUCUUUCUUUGGUUGUGCUGCCCAGAUCUGGCUUUUUGGUCAGUUUGUAGUGACUGAAUGCUUCCUCCUGGCUUCCAUGGCAUAUGAUCGGUACAUGGCCAUCAGUAAGCCCUUGCUGUAUACACUCAUCAUGUCCCGGAAGGUCUGUGUGCAGCUGGUCAUAGGACCUUAUGCCCUGGGCCUUAUCAGCACCAUGACCCACACAACAUUCACCUUUCGCCUACCCUAUUGUGGUCCGAAUAUCAUCAAUCACUUCUUCUGUGACCUUCUUCCUGUUCUCUCCCUGGCAUGUGGAGAUACACAUGUAAAUAAAUUUUUACUUUUCAUUUUGGCUGGAGCUCUAGGGGUACUCAGUGGGGUGAUCAUCCUGGUCUCCUACAUUUACAUUGUUGUUGCUAUAAUGAGGAUCCGCUCUGCUGAUGGGAGGUGCAAAGCCUUUUCCACCUGCUCUUCUCACCUGACAGCUGUCUCCAUCCUUUAUGGGAUCCUCUUCUUUAUCUAUGUACGUCCAAGUUCUAGUUUUUCCUUGGAUAUCAAUAAAGUAGUUUCUGUAUUCUACACAACUGUGAUUCCUAUGUUGAACCCACUUAUCUAUAGCCUGAGAAACAAGGAAGUCAAAGAUUCUUUCAGAAGGAUGUUUGAAAGGAAGAAAUUUCUUAUGAAUAAAUAA